GUUGUUUCUGGCCAAUCAGAAUUCGUUAUGGAACGCAAACCGACCUCCGACAACGGCAGCGGCGGCAGCAGCGUGGUGUAUGGUUCUACGUCAGCGACCGUGUAUGAAACGUUCCGCAACCACCGCGACUUGUCUCGACGUCUGGCUCGAUUUGACUUUGAAUCGCCAGCGCCGGGAACUUGCUGGGAUGUCGUGCUCUGUGUCGGCGGAUCUCGGUUCCACGCGCACCGGUUCAUGCUGGGUAUGAGCUCCAAGCCGCUGAAUGCGAUGCUGACAGGUCACAUGCGAGAAAGUUCACAGACGGACGUGACUCUGAACGAUGUAACCAGUGCCACGAUGUCGCAGCUCUUGAAGUACAUCUACUCGGGCAACGUGGACCUGUCCACCGACACCGUCGUGCAAACGCUGACAGCUGCUGAAAUGUACGAACUUCAAUGCCUCGGUGAGUUGUGCAAGAACUUUAUCUUGCAACAUGCUGCCCACGUGUUCAAGCCCCAACUGAUCGAGCCGCUGCCUGAGAAGUUGCUGUGCGAGCUAAUUGCCCAGGACGACCUCCAAAUCCGUGAAUCCGCCUUGCUCGAUGCUGUCAUUGCCUGGGGCGAAGCGCGACUGGACAACGUUUCUUCCGGCGUCCAUGGGCUGCAGCUCGUCCUCGCCGACGUCGUCCCACUGAUUCGGUAUCCGUCCAUGAGCGUGCGAGAACUGUACUGCAAAGUGAAACCCCUCGUGGCCGCCAGCGUCAUUCCCGAGCAUUAUCUGACCGAAGCGCUGUUUUUCCACUUGAGCUGGGGCUCGUCCGUAGGCCACCAAGACGUGCGCAUGCGAGCUAGAACUAUUUCCACGACCAUGCGGAAGCGCAAGCGUGUGUCAUUUACGCAGUCAGUAUCGUUCAGCGAACAACCGUGGGGCGGCGGGCGGGACCCUCCCCCCAACUACUCGGAUUAGAACGACUGAACAGGCCAGCGUUCCAUCUCUCUUGUGUGAAAGGAAUCCGAGAGUAUUAUUGUACCAGUAGUAUACUAGUAACAAACUAGUAAAGUAGUUGUUUGUUCUGGAAA